GCAGUACUUUAGAAAUAUGGUGGUACUGAGCGUUCGUCUUCUCGGCUACGUGAAGAAGCCGACGUACCUUCCCAACCCUCUAGCUGCUGCCGGCCUGGUGCGAGGACCCGCAGCAGUCCGUGACAUCGUGCCCCGCACCAUCCUCAACAGCAAAGUAUCGGGCCCGCGACCGCUGGCUCCAGGGUGGAAGAUGAUCUACAACAGUGUUCUUCUUGGAACUAAACUACGACUGAGGGUCAGAUUUGGCUCUGACGCUAAAGAGAAGGAUGGAAGAUCUGGUCUCUCGUCACCCGACAAUCCAACCUCCUCCACUCGACAAGAGGAAACCCAAACCGCUGCCAAAGAAACUGCCAAUUUCCAUGAAACCUACGGAGAUAUCUCAGACAUCUAA